GUCUCUGCGGGCAGCGGAAGAAGCGGCCGUCGGAGGAGCCGUCGCGGCGGGAGGGGAGGGAGCGAGGGAGAACAGCAGGCAUGAGCCAGAACGGCGGGGGGAACCCCUUCGAGGGAGACACGGGGAAUCCCUUCCAGGAUCCGGGUAUAAUUCAGCACCGGCCGAAUACGGAUUAUGCUACUCUGGAUGUAUAUAAUCCUUUUGACAACACCGGGAAUCCCCCGCCAUACCAACCCCCGGUCUCGGCUCCCACAAUCCCCUCUGUACCCACAGUUCCUGUCUCGGAGGCACCCAAGAAAAACAACAAUGCGGAGCCCAGAAAUUACGGCUCGUACGGGACCCAGGAAUCUACCGCUGCAGCAAAAGCCGAACUGUUAAAACGCCAAGAAGAGCUGAAUCGGAAAGCUGAGGAAUUGGACCGAAGGGAGAGAGAGCUGCAGAACGCCGCCCUGAGCAGCGGGGCAGCCAGGCCAAAUAAUUGGCCUCCACUGCCUUCCAUCUGCCCGGUGAAACCCUGUUUUUAUCAGGAUAUUUCGGUCGAGAUUCCCAUGGAGUUUCAGAAAACGGUCACCAUCAUGUACUACCUCUGGAUGGUCAGCACUGUGGCUCUUUUCAUCAACUUCCUUGCCUCCCUGACCUGGUUCUGCGUGGACUCCUCUGGUGGCUCCGGAUUUGGCCUCUCCAUCCUCUGGACCUUGAUUUUCACGCCCUGCUCCUUCGUCUGCUGGUACCGACCCAUGUAUAAAGCUUUCCGGAGUGACAGCUCUUUCAACUUUUUCGUCUUCUUCUUCAUCUUCUUUGCCCAAGACGUCUUCUACGUCCUUCAGGCCAUUGGGAUACCCGGUUGGGGCUUCAGCGGCUGGAUCGUCAGCUUCACCGCCCUGGGAAAGAACCCUGGGGUGGGCAUUUUCAUGAUCCUAGUAGCUGUGUUAUUCACCGUAAUUGCUGGGCUGGGCAUCAUCAUGCUGAAACGGAUCCACUCUCUCUACCGCCGCACGGGCGCCAGCUUCCAAAAAGCCCAGGCCGAAUUUGCCGCCGGCGUUUUGUCCAACCCGACAGUCCGCACGGCAGCGGCCAACGCUGCCGCGGGGGCCGCUUCCAGCUCCUUCCAGGCCCCUUAAAGGAGCUGCGAGCUGCAGUUUUAUCAACAGUCCGCCGACUUCACCGGGACUCCUUCGCCCCCCCUUGAGUGCACGGCGCUGCCCUCCCAGCCUUGAAUUCCCCUUUUGUGUCGAUUUCGGAAGCUUCUGCUCUGCAAUCUGGGUAGAGAAACCCGUGACGGAUCCACCCCGCUCCAGCUGCGCUGAUUUUUGACGAUUACCGAUCCCCGAAAACGGCUUGAAUCUUCUCUCCUCCCGCCCGAAAUUUACAAAGGGAUCCAGCCCCUAUUUAUCUCUGCCUGUGACUUCUCCGAUUGACCCAGAGCUGGAAGGAGCAGGGGGGUCUUUCCUGCCUGUUUGUGCCCCUUCCCAAAAUAAUUGGCUUUUCUCUUCCUCCUUUUGAUCCUGCACUCCUUGCCUGUCGGAACAGAUCCGACAUUAAUUUAAGUUUCCUUUCAGCCCCGCUGCGUCCCGUUUUCUGCAAAUUUGCUACUUUCCGCCUAUUAAGUCGUCGUUUCUCAACCUGAGCAAUUUUAAAGAAGUCUGGACUUCAACUCCCAGAAUUCUCCCCCCCCCCGGGCUGGCUGGGGAAUUCUGGGAGUCGAACUCCACGCCUUUUUAAAAUGCCCACCGCUGAAGUUAACUCUGUAGUAUUCUGCUCGAUGUAAGUUGAAAGAAAAAGGGAUUUUCAAGUUUCUGUUACACUACUCUAAGCCUGUGUUUUUCAAACGUGGCAACUUUUAAGACGUGUGGACUUCAACUCCCAGAAUCCCCCCUGGUUGGGGAAUUCUGGGAGUUGAAUUCCACACGUCUUAAAGUUGCUUAAGGCCUUAAGAUUAUUUUUUUUUCCUCUUUUAUUUUGAUCGCUUCUGCCAGUGCUGGCCGCUGGGAGUAAGUUCCUUUUUUUAAAAAAAAAUAUCGUUUUAUUAGCAACGAGAAUUAUUUUAUUUGGCUCAAAAGCCACCACUGGCCUACAUAGUUGUUUCUCGGCCCUUCUGGUGCCUUCUCUUUUAUUGCUACUGGGGGGGGGGGCAAAUCUCCCUCUCCUUCUUUAUUAUUUUUUUUCCAAAGCUCCCAGAUGGAGUAAAAGGACUGUUUUUGCGGAUAAAUUUUCUCCCGUCACCCCGAAGUUUGAGAAUUGGGACAUCGAAAGCGAGUUAAGGACUUACUCUCUGUUUGGUCCCCUUUCUCUUUUUGGAGGGGGAGGAGGGAGGACGGGUUGAGGCACCCCCACCCCACCCCAGUUUAAUUUUGCAACGUUUGCAAAAUUUGUGUUUUUGACGUGUUUGCAAUUUGGGGCGAUUCUCCUAAAUUCUGGUUCCCCGCCGUUGUCUCUCUUGCUGUGUCUGUGAAUGACUCUACAUUUCUACAUUCUUCUCAUCUGACUUGCUUGGCCCCCAAACCUCGUUUCCCCCCCUUGAAAUUUCAGACCCUCCAGAAGUUUUUCCCGUGUUUUCCUCCCCCUCCCUUGAUGUCGGUCUCCUUCCCAGGAUUUGUCAGCCGCCCCCCCCCCUCUGUUCUCUGUACAUCUACAAGUGUGCAAACACACUAUUCCUUUACCUGCUCCCCCUCUCCAGUUAUUAUUAUUGGUUUUGCUGUGCCAAACGCAAGACGGAUUAUGGAAGUUUAUUUAAGGAAUAAAAACUACAUUUUAUCUCUGUG